AUGGCAGAGCCCGUGCAGAAGAAGCAGAAACUGGCGCGUGCCAGGUUCGCCGAUGUCAGAAACGAAGAUGUGCCUGGUUGGAUGGAGGAGACGCUUCGCGAGUUGGGAGAAGCUCCAGAAGUUGCUCAGAUUGUUAAGCAGGGCCUUGGACAAUGCACCAAAACAGCGCUUCUCCAGCACACGAAAGAGGACUUGGAGGAAGAACUGAAAACGGCGAUAUCCAAUGCUGGCAGAAGUCGGGGCGCAGCACGUGCGCUUUUCAACCGCAUUCACGGUAUUUGGCCAGAUUCAGGAGCAUCUGAAGUCCCCGCACUGGAGUGGUUCGAGGAUGUGAAGACCGCGAAGGUGACAGAUGGAUGGCUCGGAGAGGGGACGAGCAUCCCCAACACCCCGAUGUAUGUUCGCAACUGCUACAAGAAGAUGCGGGACUUGUUGUUCGACGAAGAAUCGCUCCGUAACAUUGACAAGCAGACCUAUGUCGUCAAAGGAACGCCCGGAAUUGGCAAGACAACGAUGUUGUACUACCUGCUUUCCGAGUGUUUGUCAGAGGCUUCUCCUUUUACUGCUGUGCUUUUCGCUACGGACCGGUGCUGGCUCGUUGCUCGGAAACGCCCGGCAGGAUGGCAGACUGAAGCCUUCAAGCGCGGAAGCAAAGUGCAUUGGAAUGGUGCAGGAAAAGCCAUCGGCCUGGUGGAUGUUGCGCCAGAUGGAAAGAUAAAAAAUCACGCUUUCCUUGACUUCAACCAGCAGAGCCCCUGCGCAGUCUACGGUUUGCAUCGCUUGGUUGUGGUGGCCAGUGCUGGUUCCGAGCUCUCGCAGUUGAUCGGCAAGGAUGGCGACAAGGAGUUCCCUGACAUUCUAUACCUUCCUGUCUGGAGUCAAGCAGAGAUUCACAUUUGGAUCCAGAGGGAGCGUCCCGAUGUGCAGGGGUUAGCUUUGGAAAAGGAGAAAGAGGAGCUGUACAACGAGUCGGGAUUGACCGUGCCGCGAUUGGUAAGGGCAUGUAUGAAGCAUAAGUUCAACGACGAACUGCAAAAGUUCAUACGCAGCAUGACACGUCGCAAUUUUGCUGGUGAAGAGGUGUCCCACAAGGAUGCUCACACGAUGGUGGUCCUGCGUGGGAGCCCUGAACUGCUCGAUGACGAUGAAGAAACCGAGAGUGAUGGCAAGGACCGCACAGCUGGUGAUGCAAUCGGGUGGGUCUCAAGUGGCGUUGAGACGGAGAUGUGCACCCACAACCGUGGAGUCAUCCAGCGCUUGAUCAAAGACGCCAACAAGUUUUAUUUCAUCCAAAUCGCAACAGGGCGUGAGCACACCCGGAUUCAGACGAGGCAUCUGGAGCGCGGCUUCGCAAAAAGUCAGACCGCGCCGAACCCUUAA